AUGUCCAAAAAAAAAUCCUCCGGUUCAGGCAAAGCAGCCAAACUGAAAACUCAAUCCGUCGGUUGGAUCUGGCCCAAAGACCCCCAGCCCGGGAACUCAAGCCACUGGCCUCGCUUCAAACGCUUCUCGGAUGUCAUCAGCGGCAAAGGACCAGACAUUUUCAUCGGAACCAUUGGGAAAACCCCCAGGCCUGUCGCGAAUAAGGACAGCCCCGGACGAACCAUUUCAAGUACCAACUGGGCCAGAUGGGACGUGGACCCUGAAGAGCAUGAUACUCCGUUCUCGUGGGCCCGCCGUGACAAGGACGUGAGAUAUGAUUACAAAACUCGGAAAUAUGGAGUGCCGAACGAGAGAACGUGGAGUGCGGUCGAGUAUGCUGACUGCCAGUGGGGCGAGGGCAAAUGGAGGAAGAAGAAAGUGACUCCAACGGCGCCGAUUCGGUUUUGGGAUCAACAUGGUAGAGAGCAUCGGCGUCAGGGACCCGUCGAGGUGGCACGGGACGGCAGGAUUGAUAUUGCGAAUGGGGUGAUGGCAACGAAUGGAUGUGAUGGACAUUGCCAGUCUGGUCGAAACAUGCACGACUCGGGCUUUGGAAAUCACGAUCAUAUGUGGACACACACACAUGUCAUGCCUACACACUGUCCUGGCUGUUGUUGCGAGAUAGCAGACAGCUAG